UCUCGGUUCAGCCGCGUGCCGUGAACGUUGUGGUUGUAUUACUCCCGCAGUAGAUGUCCAAGUACAUACCGUACGUGUCCCACGUAAUGCAGUGAGGUGGAGAGUAGUCUGGGAUAUAUACCGACUCUAAUUGGUCAGUGAAAACCUGGUGGGAGCAGAUAGUCAGAACUGUUGGACGCAAAGGGAACUCAGGCGUGCAGUGGCGCCUCAGUUUCUGUUUAGCGCGCGUGCCGUACGGAGGAACCGUGUCGUUUAUCCAUAUAACCAUACAUUCGAUAUUGUCACAGAUUGAAUUGCCGUAGAACUCGAUCGGCGUACAGUUAGAGUUGAUACACAGGAAAGGUGAAGAGUUAAUAAACGCAAGGCAAUAAGAUAGAGACUCUGUGAAUAGCUGUCAGUUAUGUGCUGGAGAAAGAGAAGCUGGAAGUAACUGCAUGCCAACGAUAACUGCCCGGGUCAUGCGAGUGACGUAAGACAGCCAGUGAACGGAGAGGAGCGCUUGCAAGUGACGUAGAAGUGGAUCAUCCACAGGAAUAAAGAGACAAGGAAGAUGGGAGAACGUCGGGGUACGAAAGCCCUGGAGCUAUGGUGUCGUCGUAUAACAGAGAGUUACCCUGGUGUCAGCGUGCAAAACAUGACCACCUCGUGGCGCGACGGCCUCGCCUUCUGUGCUAUGAUUCAUCACUUUCGUCCGGAUCUGAUUGACUUCGAUAGCCUCGACAAGGAUGAUGUUUAUGGAAACAACGAGUUGGCAUUCAGGACUGCAGAGGAGCAUCUGGGUAUCCCGGCACUCCUCGACGCCGAGGACAUGGCAUCGUGCGCGGUACCAGAUCGUCUCUCGAUUCUCACGUACCUCUCGCAAUUCUAUCAGACCUUUGGCGGAUCAUCACCCAGCCGUUUAGCCAGCAAGAGAACUACGGAAAGUGCAGGGGAACGAUUAACUCCAGCGCCAGAAUCUCCACAGCCCAAGGUGGUGCCCCGUCUUGGGACUCGGAGAGACCCGUGCGCAGCCUGCGGUCUGCCAGUUUUUCUUGCUGAGAAAUUGGUCAUAUCGCGCACCCUGUAUCAUCGAACGUGCUUUCGCUGUGCACGCUGUAACAAUCAACUGACCCUGGGAAAUUAUUACGAGACGGAGGAAGGCCAGUAUUGUUGUGAAACUUGUCCGGACGAGGAAACUUCUGCCACGGCACCCAGCAUGCACCAGGAGUACAACAAUGUGGCGAUGCUUCCCGUAAAUGAUACUAACGUGCACAAGCCAACAGAGUCAAAUAGUAUGAGUUAUCAAGGAUCCUUGUGCGACGAGGAGAAGACUGAACGACGAGGAUUGAACAAGGAUUCGGCAGGUUUUAAGGAAUUUUUCAGGUCCGAGUCGCAGACUUCUAGAAUGAGACUGAAUUUCAUGGCCAGCCAUUUGCUCUCCGAGAAGCGCGAUGAUGAUAGUCUGGACGACAGGGAGUUGCACGAUCCCCAUGAGGUAGAGGAGGACGAUGAUGAGGAUUCGCACGAGGAUGAAGAGGAAUUUGAGGAUCAUGCUGAUGACCAUGAGGAGGAUUCUUCCACCAUUUUUAAGUUAAACGAUCCUAAGAACUUUAGAGACUUGAGUGCGGAUGGUUCGGUGCCGAAGAACCUUGAAAGUAGUGUACAUACUGAAUUAGAGAGUAAUUUAGAUUAUAGUGUUAGCAAUAGUCAGCGAAUUACUGCCAUUUCCCAUGACAGCGGUACGAACGGUAUACGUGUUAGUCCCAGCGAGAAUACCAAAGACGCAGGACUUUCUCUAGUGCAACGGAGGUUAAAGAUGUUUGAAAAUGUCGAGGUGGAUGUUAAGGGUCAUGCGAGAGAGGUCAAGAGAGCUGACGAUAAGAUUGAUGCAAGAGAACAGAUUGUCAUUAGUGAUACAGAGAAGAUGACUGUUGUACAUAAAUCUGAUGAUAGCGAAGAUGCUGGAGGAGAAGACGUUGCUACUGAGGAUGUGCUCAAAGUCAGGCAGGAAUCUACUCGAAGUUCUGUUGAGGAUGUUACGAAAGAAGAGACCAGUGAAGAUAUCAUCCAGGAGGCACAGCAUCCUCUGGACUUUCCUGCUGGCAAAGAGAUUACUCCUAGGGAUAUUUUGAAAAAUAUGCAAGAACUUGAACCGGAACCGAGAUCAGGAAAUUUCGAAACUAUCUUAUCUAACAUGAGUGGAAUAGAACUGAGCAACGAGGAAGAUGAAUAUCCGGAAGAUUUGAAUCCGUUCAACAGCGACGAAGAGGAUGGAACUGAUAAAGAGAGAUAUGAUAAGAAAUCUUCUGUGAAGAAGGUAUCGAUGAAUCCUUUCGGAAGUAGCGAGGACGAGGAGGAAGAGGAUUUGGUGCCUCCAAAACCAGCAGCUAGGACGAAUAAACUUCCUGAACAGCCUACGAGACGGAAACUGGAGGCACCACAGAUUAAUUUGAAUCCUUUCUGGAGCGACGACGAGGAGCACAAUAGCGAUUUGGAAGUUAACGAGAAACCUAAAAGUCUUCCGGUGCCUAAGCCACGUACGCUCAAACAAACGCCAGACUCAAAUAGUUCUCAACGUAAGAACACCCUGGAUCGUAGUGAUUUGUACGCGUCGAAUACUUCCAUUACGAGUUCUGGCUCUGCAACAACUCCUAGUGGUACUUAUCGUAAGAAAAAACCUGCACCUCAGCCACCUACUGCUAAGGAACUGUUUCCUGGACAUAAUACCACGGCGACGACUCCCACAGCGCUGCCCACAACUUCGCCAAGGACUCCAAGAGUACGAAAAUCGAAACCAGCACCUCCUCCGCCGAUGCCUACGAGCACUCCUUACAAUGCAUCACUUGGUGUGCCAUUGAAGAUUGGGGAAUCCCCGAUCACAGAAUUGGAUGAUACGGAAACCAAGUUACAGAUAUGGCAAGAUCAGAAAAGUAAUAAAGAUGAGACCAAUAGGAAUCGACAGAGUCUGUCUACAUUGUCCAGUGAAGAAAAUCCCAAUUACACGGGUUAUCCUGACAAAAGUGCUCAAGGUAAAUGGAAGAGGAAAAAGGGACCUGCACCACCUCGGCCGAUUCCACAUCGUAGAAAGAUUAAAGUAAUGUCAAUGAAGGAUGUUAAGUUGGAACUGGAUGAGAUCGAAAUGCAACAACAGGGUUUAGAGAAGCAAGGAGUUCGUCUGGAGCAAUUGAUAAGAGACAAAUGUGAAACUGGUGAUCCACAGCUCGAUGAUUCAAGUCUCAAUAUAGAUGUAGAGGAACUUGUUUUGGAGCUCUUCGCCUUGGUGAAUGAGAAGAAUGAACUCUUUAGACGGCAAGCUGAAUUGAUGCUCUUAAGAAGGCAGCAACGCUUGGAGGAAGAACAUGCAGAAAUUGAAUAUCAGAUUCGUUGUCUCAUGUGUCAACCUGAGGCAACGAAAACGGAUUUCGAUAAACAACGGGAAGAGGGUCUCAUUCAAAGAUUAGUGGAAAUCGUAGAGAGGCGUAACGAGAUUGUAGAGUGUUUAGAAAUGGAUAGACGUCGAGAGAUAGAAGAGGAUCGCAGCAUCCACAAGCAAAUGGGAUUAUAUGUCGCUCAAACGAUUACAGCAAAGGGCAAGAGUGACCUUACGACUGACGAGGAAUCUCGUAGGAAAUCGAAAAAAGGUAAGGUCAAAGAGAAGACAAAGGAAAAGAAGUCGGCGAAGAAGAGCCAGAAAAAGGACGCUGAUAAGGAUGUAGACGAGAGCGAAUUGAAACUCAAGCGCCAUAGCAAGAAAAAGUGGUUUUAACUCGAGUUUAGCGCUAAAUAAUAGUCGCGAUAUGUUGCACGUAGUUAUAAGCGAUAUUUAAUACUUUUAUAAAUAUUUUUUUUAACAUCUUUGUUAUUUAUGCACCGGCAACAUGACCGGCUAAAGGUUAUCAAUAAAAAUACGCUCUCGAAUGAUUUCGCGAUUCUGAGAUAGAAUUACAAUUUUAAGCCGCUACUAUAUUUACGCUGUUAAUUAUUGAUGAUACAUGCAAUGAUAUAUGACAGAAUUUGACAAUUUGUAUUUUUAUAUGUGUAUAGUACUUUA